UGUGCGGGGUGAGCGUCUGCGGUGGAGGGAUGGUGGCCGGCGUCCUCGGAUAGGAGAGUUCCAGGGCUCGGGCGGGACGCGGUUUAUGUUUCCUGCCAGUGAUCUUACGAUGCUGUGCUUAUCGCCGGCGAUUCGUCUGCAUGUAGAAAGGAAACCAGGGUCAGCCUCUGUCUUUAGAAGCCUCCGUCUCUGUGAGACCGAAGGAUGCCCCUUUCUGUCGUUCCGUUGCAUCCCCACGUGUCUUUGGAGAAGGUUUGUGUGCGUCUGUUGGUUUCCCCUGUCUUUAAAGCUAAAACCUUCCUGCUGACAACGAAGAAGGUAGAACAAUGGGAGUGACUAAUCUGUGGCAAAUCCUGGAGCCUGUGAGGCAGCCUGUAAGCUUGAGUAGUCUCAAAGGAAAGACACUUGCUGUCGAUUUAAGUCUGUGGGUUUGUGAAGCACAGACUGUUAAAAAGAUGAUCGGAGUAGUUACCAAGCCACAUCUGAGAAACCUGUUUUUUCGGUAUUCUUUUUUCACGUCAAUGGGGAUUAAAUUGGUGUUUGUCAUGGAAGGCGAGGCCCCCAAGCUGAAGGCAGACACCAUGAGUAAGAGAAAUGAGAUGCGAUACGGAGCUUCCAACAAACAUGGGGCUGCAAGAACAGGGAGAUCUCUUUUUAAAUCUAUUUUGAAAGAGUGCCUCCAGCUGCUGGAGUGUUUAGGUGUCCCAUGGGUUCAAGCAGCUGGGGAAGCAGAAGCAAUGUGUGCUUACCUGAAUGCAAAAGGCAGUGUUGACGGGUGCAUUACCAAUGAUGGAGAUGUUUUCUUAUAUGGAGCUCAAACAGUUUAUAGGAACUUUGCCAUGACCUCUAAGGAAUCACAUCUUGAUUGCUACACAAUGUCCUCUAUUAAGGAGAAGCUUGGUUGUGACAGAGAGUCUUUGGUUGGACUAGCUGUUCUUCUGGGUUGUGAUUAUCUUCCAAAGGGUGUUCCAGGAGUUGGAAAAGAACAAGCUUUAAAAUUAAUUGAGACUUUGAGAGGUCAAAAUUUACUGCAAAGGUUUGAGCAAUGGAAAGAACAAUCUGAGCAUGAUAAUAAUCCACCUUUGGUUGUUAAAAGAGUAGCGCACUGUUCUGACUGCCAUCAUCCAGGAUCAUACAAGGAACAUGAGCGCAGUGGAUGUAAAUUCUGUGAAAGCACUAGAUACUGCAAACCCAGUGACUCCAAAUACUGCUGCCCUUGCGAAUGGCAUCAGUUAGAGCAAGUGAAACAAGCAAGUGCAGUGGAGGACAAUAUCAGAAAAAAAGCUAAAAGUUGUGAAGGCUUUCCAUUCGCUGAGGUUAUCCAAGAAUUUCUUGUAAACAAGAAUAAACUGAACAAGAUAAUGGAAUGCAAAAGGCCGAAUUUAUUGUCAUUUCAGAUAUUUGCUUCUGAGAAGAUGGAAUGGACAAAGCAUUAUGCUUGUAAAAAGCUAUUAGUGCUGCUGACACGUUAUGAUAUGAUCCAGAGAAAAUCUGGAUACAUUGAUUCAAAGCAACUGCAGGCAAUUCGAAUAGUCAAGACACGUGUUAAAAAUGGAGUUCCCUGUUUUGAAAUUGAGUGGGAAAAACCAGAACACUAUGUUGAUGCAGAAGAUGAGCCUGUGGAGUUGUAUGUAGUUACAAUAGAAGAGCAGCCUUUGUUUCAGGCUGCUUAUCCAGAUGUUGUUGCUCUUUACCAAAUGGAAAAGUCAGAAGUUCUGGCAAAGAAACAGAAAAACAAGAAAAAUAGACCAAAAGAAAAGGAGUUAUCAGAUGCUUAUAGUGAAGUUACCAAUUUUCUGUCUCAAAUGAAUUUCAAGUCUGCGUGUGAAGUUGUUCCUGUGCCAGACCACACAUCUGAUGGAAAAACUCCACCUGAGUAUCAGAUAUGCCAGAGAAGCACGGAAUCAGAAGAUCCAGAGAUAGCUGCAGCUUCUUGUGUAACAUCUGUUCAAAUGUCAGAAUCAGUUGGACUUUCUCAGACAGCAUCACCUUUCUUGCACUUAAAGAAUACAUUGACUGACUCAUCUGUAGUGCCAGCACAAUUUACUAAGAACUCGGGAGUGUCAUCCUCUGUAAGGGCUGAUCUACAACUGAGCAGCAUUGAUGGGAAAGGAACUUUCUUCAGCACUUCACCAACCCAUGGGUGUAAUACCUGUGAUCCAGCACCUGAUUUGGCUGCAUGCAUAAAACAUUCAUAUCCACUGCAUCACGGAACAGUGAAAAAUAGCUUGCAGUAUUCUGGUGCUGCACAGUCAGAUCCAGAUCAUUCUGAUAGUGCAGAUGAUUUGCUUUGGGAUGGCCACAUGGAACAACUUCAGAAGUUGUCUUUAAGUGAGCGUAUACUUAAGAAGACUUCUGCUCCAUCAAAGUCUGUGCUGUCAGAAGAUGUAAUGCAGCAGGAGUCUUUCAAACAUUUUAAGCACACAGAAGCAGCAUUGAAACUUGAUAAAGAUUAUUUCUCUUCCUCGUGUCAGUUAAAUAAACUAGCACGAGACACUAAAAACGUGUUCCCAGAAACCUGUGCAAGUGAAUCCAGUGCACCUGUUUCUAAAGAAAACGACACCCAGCAUGAAAUGAUGCAGAAAGACUGUAUUAUGAGCUGUUCAACAUCUCGAGUCCCCAGCAGGCAAACAACAGAGCCGUUGCAUACUGUGUGUGAAGUGCUUCCGCUGCCUCUUCCUUUGCCAGCAAAUGUUGUUCCUGUCCAUAACAUAACAAAAACUUGUACUCAGACUGCUUGGAAAACUUCUUUCAAGAGUGUGUGUCAGAGCAAAUGCUCUUCUAGCGAGGACAGUGAUGAUGGGAACAUGAAUAAAAAUCCAAUAUGUAAGCAGAAGAAAAGGCAACUGAACCCUGGCCAGUUAAAAAAAACUUUUACGAAGAAAAGGUAUAACACUGCUAGUGGCAAAAGUACCAGCAGUGACUCAGCACUUGUAAUUAAAGGGAUGGAGAAAACCACCAAUUUUAAGCAAGUUGGUGGGAAUUUGUCAUUGGAAGUAUCUCCAAAAAAUUCCUCUGUAGUUGAAAUUGAUUGUUUCCAGAGUUCAGAACAACUGUUUCAGGGCACAGGUUCCUGUCCUGAACAAGUUGACAGUGAUGUUCUGAUUUCUUCGUGGGCAGACAGUCCCCUUCCCCUGUCUGAAAGACUAAAAAGAAGACUCAAAAGUAAUUAGGUUGCUCAUAAAAAUAAUUACGGUAACAAUUAACUCUGAAACUUCGCUUCUUACAGAGCUCUUUAGUUUCUCCUGUGCUAUGUCGACUGGAGUGCAAACAUUCAUGAUGAAUAAGAAGUGUUGUGAAAUACUUCAUACUGGUGCUGAAGUUUGAAACUAAAAUGAUGACAAAGGUACUAAAUCAGAUAUUAUGGGCUUGGUUAUGUUCUGAAUGAGUAAACAACAGACUCUGGUAUACAAGGGAGCUGGAUUGGUACUUUUGAAUUAUGAAGUCUUUUUUUCCCUGCCAGGUUGUUAAGGCUAUUAGUCCUUCUGCUUAUACAAACAGACUUAGUAAAAAAUGCCUGUUAUUGGAUGUGUUCAAUAAGGCAAAUCAGCUGGAUAUGUUGAUUGUCUCUAUCAGGUCAUCUGGAGACAUGCUGCGGUGUAUGUUUGAGCAUAGCUAAAUUUAUAAUGUGCUGUGCCCUAUAAUAAACCUCUUUGAAUGUUUGCACCUUCCAAAUGAAUAAGCCAUAUAAGAAUAUUCUGGUUUUGUGGCUGUCACUUCUGCUAUUAAAGAAAAUUUGAUGGCAGCUUUAACCACAUGUUUCUAAGCUAUUGCAUUUUUAAUUUACAUGUGGUAUGCAAUUUCAUCUAAUGUUCAUGUAUAUGAACAGAAAGGUUAAAUACAGAAAAUCAAAAUAUGAUAACAGCAUUGCAGGCUCUCUGAAGAGUAUCAUGUACUGUAAACAUUUGAUCUUACAGCGAGAACUUAAAUGCAAUUGAUUUUUGAAGGUGUUUUUUCUUUCCUCUUAAUAGUCAGGCAAACUGAUCAUAAACAAAAAAAACUGUCUUCUCAAGCUUAUUAGAAAAUUCUUCCUUACCUGUACUUAAUUCAUAAUUUUUCUUUGUUCUGGCCAGAAUGAAGGCCCAUCUUAAAUGCAGGGUUUAUAUUCUCCUUGGUUUAUAUUAUUCAUGCACUAAUGAAAAAGUCAAUUAUUUCUUACGAAGGCAGAAACCUUAGAAGUUAAGAAGCAAAACUCUAGCUGUGUUUAAAGAAAUAGAUAAUAUAAUCUGUAGUUAGUAGAAUUGGUAACUUCUUAGUUUGGCCUCUGGCAAGUAGCAGAAGCUGAUCUGUAGUAAAUUUUCUAAAUGAAAAAUGAGUUAUAUAGAUGAGCAAAACUUCCAAAACUAUUGGAAACGUCUUCUGGAGGCUCACCACCCGGAUGAUGUGAGCAUAUAGCUGAAAGAACAGAAAUGCUAUGGAGAAUCAGAGUAGCAGUCACCUGCAAAUAAGAAAGGGGGAGAUUCCAGAUGUUCCAGUCGAUUGUGGACAGACUGUGUGUGUGUGCGCGCGCGGAAAAACACAUUUGUUUGAUCCUGUUUCUUUCUUGCUGCUGAUUUUUGAAUACUGAAGGUUCUGAUCAGCAGCUUGAAUUUUCAGGAAUAAAAUAUUAGCACUGUACUUACUGGAAGGAUCUUAAAUUUUUACCCAUAUUUUGUAAAUUUCUGUGCUCUAGAUUUUUGUUUAAAGCUGGUGGUAAGCUAUAUUUUUGGAGGAGUUUUUUGUUGUUGUUGCUUUUCAGAUUUCUGGAAAGACUGCCUUACUGAAGGAUUUUCCAAAAAUACUGUGCCAUAAUUAACAACAAAUUUGUAUUUUAUGGAUUGUGGAAGUCAGAAAUGAGGUGCACUCAUGAUCUUGUAAGAACUGCAGUGGGAUAGAUUUGAAAAUAACUGCAUAGGAUACCACCUCUCACACUAUUUCUGCUCACUGCAGCAAAUCAACAUGGGAACAUUUAUCCUUGGGGGUAUCAUCAGGUUUGCGAUUCUCUGCAGAGGGGAGAUCACAGUUUAAAUGCAUUUGGAGUUCUCACCUUAUCGUAAUUUACUCAAUGUGAGGAUUAGGGCCAAUUUCUCUACCUUGGAGCUGUUCUAAGUGUCAAUGCUGACUGCUUUGCAGGCUCUCACAUUUGUGAAGAAAAUGUUUAAACAUAUUGAAUCAGUGUAACAGAUAACGUCUGCAGAAAAUAUUCCUAAAAGAUUAUGCUGAACUGGUU